CCCUCUCCCAUCCAUACCAAGCCCUUCGGGUCUGGUAUGGAUAUUAAGGGGAAAAAAAACAACGUGGGGUUCCCCCUAAAAUCCAUACCAGACCCUUAUCCGAGCAUGCAGCCCAGCAGGUCAGGAAAGGGGGGGGGGGACCAGCGAGCGCCCCCCCCCCCCCCUCCUGAAUCAUACCAGGCCACAUGCCCUCAACAUGGGGGGGUGCUUUGGGGCAGGGGGUUAAACCCCCAAAGCACCUUGUCCCCAUGUUGAUGGGGACAAGGGCCUCUUCCCCCACAACCUUGGCCGGUGGUUGUGGGUGGGGGGUCUGCGGGCGGGGGGCUUUUUAGAAUCUGGAAGCCCCUUUAA